AUGGGCUGCGGCUCCAGCAAGCAAGCCUCCGCCUACCCGCAACCCAUGCGGCAGACGCGGUACAACUACAACAUCAACGCCGCGCCCGCCUACGGCUACGGGGACCCGUACGGCUACGGAGGCAAGAAGAAGGGAAGGAAGGGGAGGAGGUACUACGGGGACGGCGGCGCGUCGGCAACCGCUGGUAGGGGGGAAGGGGUGAAUUGA